CAGGAAGGAAAUUUAACCCUUUUCCGCGGCCAGUUCCUAACCCAAAGCCGUAAUAUUUUCCUCUCGAACCAUAUCACUGGGAAUUUCUUUUUGGGAUCGACCUACUGUUCUGCACCGGCAACCCCUCCCCUAGGAUCGAUCAACUGCUUGUCAUUACUCGUGCCAAGAUGGCAUCGCACUCCACCGACACGGAUCCCUCGGCCACUCCGGGAAGCAAUGCUCGUGGCCAGGUAGAUGAUGGAAGCCAAUCAGGGCCCGAGGCUGCAGGCACUGCGACGGGCCCGGCCACUGGUCCAGUCGGGUCCGCGCCGGGGAAGAACAAGUCAGGGAGGAGACCCCGGCGGAAAAAGAAGCCACAUGUGCCGGGUUCCCAGUCUGAGCAGGGGCAGGGGAGGCAGAAGCACCAGGACCGGCCAGGCCGUACUUCAUCGCCACCACAGCAGCAUCAACAACAACAGCAACACCAGCGAGAGAAACGGCAACAGUCAUCCGCGCCAAAAGAACGACAGCCAAACGCCUCGGCUGCCCACGCGCAGCCCGAAGCGGCACCAAAACCAGGACCACCUAGGGCGGCAAGCGAGAUCAACAAGUCCCUCUCCGUGGCCAUGAUGGCCAGUCCUCUCUUCCCUCUGCCGUUUCCUUUGAUGCCGGUUCUGGGCGUGACCUUGCUCGCUAGCCAGGGCAAGCCUUUGGACGAGGACAAGAAGGGCGACGGUGUGGACCGUUAGCCGGGCAGUGGAUGAGUUGGCCACCUUGACCGGCUGCGUCGUAGCAACAUGGCUUCGUCUCGAAGCUGUAGCAAAGCAAAGCAAAGCAAAGCACGAAUUCAUUGCGUAAAGGGGAUCACGACUGUCGAAAUGCCAUUUUUAGCUUUCGCCAUGUGUGUCCCACCAGGUACGGCCAGACCGAAGAGAAGGGGGAUAAAGGAUCUGCAGAUCCACUUGCGCAUCACGGUCACUGCGUCCUAGCGUUGAAUUGGGAAAGCUUGUUCAGACUCAGCCAACAUGACAGUCCAAAGCCGCUUGAAACUGCAUCUAUCGUUUUCCAGUAUCAAGGUCGGCAUACAUUGCUUGACUAGGAGCCAGCGGACGGGAUUCCGUAUGUUCCAUCAAGUAUGGUUUUGUGUGACGGUCAAAUUAGUAAAAACAAUGCCAUGUUUGAUUGUUGCAAAACGCGGUAACAAGUGUGGCUCUCACGCGAACCAAGAAGCACAUACGUCUCUCUUUGCAUUGAACAAGCGAUAGUUGUUAGCCUCAAUUGCAGCCUAUCUGGACACCAAGAAAGUCCCCAAAUGGCUACGUGUUAUUCGCCGCUUUGGGAAGGAACGCUGCUUUCUAGUGUUGGGGUUGAAUGUAUAACCUGAUGCAUAGCAAAAAUUAACUCGAGACUCAGGGGUGGGUGCAAGUACAUGCACUAGCUAGCCCACAUACCAAAAAAAGCAAAAUGAAUUUAAUCAUCUCUACCUCACCUAUUACAUCCACAAAGCCUGCUAGC